AUGGAAUUAGUACGUAUUGGUCAAAAAUAUCGAAUCGGACGUAAAUUAGGUUCAGGAUCAUUUGGAGAAAUCUAUCUUGGUACAAAUAUUAAUACUGAUGAAGAAGUAGCGAUUAAACUUGAAAAUGUUAAAGCACAACAUCCACAAUUACGAAUUGAAUCGCGAAUCUAUCGUUUAAUGCAAGGUGGAGUUGGUAUACCAAUUCUGAAAUGGUUUGGAAAAGAAGGAGAAUAUAAUGCUUUGGUUCUAAAUUUACUUGGACCAUCAUUAGAAGAUUUAUUUAUACUUUGUCAAAGAAAAUUUUCAUUAAAAACUGUUCUUUUACUUGCUGAACAAAUGAUCAGUCGAAUUGAUUUUGUUCAUUCAAGAAAUUUUAUUCAUCGUGAUAUAAAACCUGAUAAUUUUUUGAUGGGACAUGGUCGAAAAGGAAAUCUUGUUCAUAUUAUUGAUUUUGGUCUUGCAAAAAAAUAUCGUGAUACACGUACACAUCAACAUAUAGCUUAUCGAGAUGAUAAAAGUCUAACAGGAACUGCACGUUAUGCAUCAAUUAAUGCACAUAUUGGCAUUGAACAAAGUCGUCGAGAUGAUUUAGAAUCACUUGGUUAUGUUUUAAUGUAUUUUCUUCGUGGUAGUCUUCCGUGGCAAGGUUUAAGAAAUGGAAGUAAACGUCAAAAAUAUGAACGAAUUAAUGAGAAAAAAAUGUCAACAUCAGUUGAAGAAUUAUGUAAAGGUUAUCCUGCGGAAUUUCAAACUUAUCUUACAUAUUGUCGUUCAUUACGUUUUACUGAUAAACCAGAUUAUUCACAAUUACGAGAUUUAUUUCGUAGUUUAUGUCAUCGACAAGGUUUUUCUUAUGAUUAUAUAUUCGACUGGGCAACGCUCAAACCUCGAUAA